CACCCAGUGCUGUUGCUUGCCGUUUCUGCCUUUUUAUCUCUCUCACACUUUCUCUCUCUAUAUAACCUUUACAUGUAUAUGUAUAUAUACCAUCGCCACCGCGCAUUUUCACAAGAAUCACAACCCUCCCGCGCCACCUGAGACACGCACACACUCUCUCUCUCUCUCUCAAUCCCACUCUCUUUAUAACUGCCAAAAAGGACCUGCAUCAGAAUCUUCAACACUUUCUCUCUCUACUCUCUAGUCUCUGCAUCCUGUAUGUAUGGUAGCACUAAUUAUGAAAGUGGACAAAGUCCAAGACAGUACUGAGAUGUGCAGAACCAUCGAAGUCGCCAUGGUCGACCCUCAGCUCUCGCCGCCGACGGAGAUCUCCGCUACCGGAGACGACGACUCCGAAGACUUCCACACUCCUCCUCUCAAUUUCGCUAUGGUCGAUAAUGGCAUCUUCAGGUCUGGUUUUCCAGACUCCGCCAACUUCCCCUUCAUACAAUCCCUAGGCCUCCGUUCCAUCAUAUAUUUGUGCCCCGAACCGUAUCCGGAGCGGAACGCCGAGUUUCUCAAGUCGAAUAAGAUUCGCUUGUUUCAGUUCGGGAUCGAAGGCUGUAAGGAGCCAUUCGUAAACAUCCCGGAGGAUACAAUUUACGAUGCACUAAAAGUCGUCCUUGAUGUAAGGAAUCACCCACUUUUAAUCCAUUGCAAACGAGGAAAGCAUCGAACUGGUUGUCUUGUGGGAUGCUUGAGAAAGUUGCAGAAUUGGUGCCUAUCUUCUGUCUUUGAUGAGUAUCAGCGCUUUGCAGCUGCCAAAGCUAGAGUGUCAGAUCAAAGGUUUAUGGAGUUGUUUGACGUCUCUAACUUCAAGCAUCUGUCAGUGUCAUUUUCAUGUUUGAAGAGGUAAACAACCAGUAAUGUUGAAAGGCUUUUUCUUCCUUUUAUUAUUGGGAAGAGCAUCUUAGUUCCUGCUUUGGAUUGGAAUCAACCGGAAAAAGGUGAUGUUUCUGGAAUGCAUGUCGGCAGCAAAUGAAUGAUCGUCUUUUUCCUUCUAAUGAUAAUAAAAAGCAUUAAUCAGCAUUUCUUGCUUUUGAGAUCUCACAAACUCCCAUCUAUGCCCUUGAUUCACUCUCCUGUUAAGCAAUCUAUAUAUGUUUGGUUGCAUAAUAAGAACUGAUAUUGUUUAUAUAUUUGGAUUCCUUUUUUAUUUCAUAACACGGUUAGAAGGUUUCAAUCAGAUGCUAUAAGGAUGUUGGUGAUACGUAUCAGCAUUGAAGCGCAUCUUUUUUAUCCCAGUUCUUCCAGCCAAAAGAUUACAAUGAAAAUUUGAGGCAGCUAGAAAAGGAGUUUGUACCCAUAGUUGACUUAUUAAAUACCAGAAAUAUUUAUAUAAAAAAUGUAUAUUUAGAAAGAUUAUUAUGGAAUCUGUAUGAAGGAUUUUGGUGAUGUUUGA